AUGUCCUACAAUAGAGAAUUAUCCGACCGUUUUAUCGAUGAUCAAAACAAACCCUAUGAAAGUCGGAUUCGUUCGAAUUCAUAUGAUCAAGCGAUGUUCGAUAAAGAAUCAAUAGUGAAAAAUCCAUCCACAAUAAGGCGAAUAAAUGAUAAUCUUUAUUUAAUUAAAUGGAUCGAAUUUAAUCACCAACGAACACCUAUUCUUCUACAAAAUCUCAAUGGACCUUGUCCACUUAUUGCCAUUGCAAAUAUUUUACUUUUGAGAAACAGAAUUCAUCUGAAUUCAAAUGCAGGUGAAAUCAGCACCGAACGACUCAUAGCAAUAAUUGCUGAAUAUAUGCUUCAAAUCGAUACAACAAAAUUUUCCGCUGAAGAUCAUGUUAUUUAUGAGCAUAAUGUUGAAGAUGCACUUGCGGUUCUUCCUAAGCUUCAAACAGGAAUAGAUGUUAAUGUUAAAUUUAAUGGUGUUGAUAAAUUUGAAUAUACGCGAGAAUGUAUUAUUUUUGAUUUACUGGGUAUACAAUUAUUCCAUGGGUGGAUUAUUGAUCCACAAAACUAUGAGUUACAAAAGAUUAUUAAUUCUAAUGGAUCGAGUUAUAAUCAGUUAGUUGAAAAAAUGCUUCGACAAAAACAAUCCACUAACGAAAAGCUUGCACGAGAAAGCUUCCUAAUUGAAGAAUUUCUUGAAGAAAGCCGUUCACAAUUAACGUAUUAUGGUUUAUUAAAAUUAAAUGAAACAAUGCGUAAUAAUCAAUUAGCUGUUUUAUUUCGAAAUAAUCAUUUCAGUACAAUAUGGAAAAAUAAUACACAAUUACUUCUACUUGUUUCUGAUCAAGGCUUCUUAAAUCAAUCAUCUAUUGUUUUUGAAACAUUGAGUAAUAUUGAUAAUAAUAGUUCAUUUACUGAUGGUUAUGGUGAAAAAUGGCAAAAACCAGUACCAGUGAAUGAAGCUCAAGACCGCGAUCUGGCUAUAGCCAUGCAAAAUCAAGAACACAUUCGGUAUCAAGAAGCACAAUUACGACAACAACAGCAACAGCAACAGCAACAACGACAGCCUAAUCGAGAACAUUAUUACGAAGAUGGUUCGAAAAAACGUAAAAAGAAACACAGCCAGUACACGAAUGAUGAAGACGAUGGAAAUUGUGGCUGUGCUUUAUUAUAG